AUGAACCCCUACGUACUCACCAUCUUACUUUCUAGUCUGGGUCUAGGCACAGUCCUCACCUUUGCCAGCUCACACUGACUACUUGCAUGAAUGGGCCUAGAAAUUAAUACCCUCGCCAUUAUCCCAAUUAUAGCGCAACAACACCACCCCCGAGCAAUUGAAGCAACAACCAAAUAUUUUUUGACCCAAGCAACCGCCGCAGCAAUAAUCCUUUUUGCCAGCACUACCAACGCCUGACUAGUUGGGGAAUGAGAAAUCCACCAGCUAUCCCACCCCCUAGCAACCACAACAGCAAUAUUGGCCCUUGCCCUCAAACUUGGACUAGCACCAGUUCACUUUUGGCUGCCAGAGGUUCUUCAAGGACUUGAGCUCACUACAGGAUUAAUUUUAUCAACCUGACAAAAACUCGCACCUUUCGCACUUAUAAUUCAAGUAGCCCCAACCAUCAACUCUUCCCUGCUUAUUGCAAUCGGACUCCUAUCAACACUUGUUGGAGGCUGAGGUGGACUUAAUCAAACCCAACUACGUAAAAUUCUAGCAUACUCUUCAAUUGCCCAUCUGGGGUGAAUAGUAUUAAUUUUACAAUUCGCACCCUCCCUCACGCUCCUUAGCCUCUCCCUGUAUAUUAUCAUAACAUCUUCAGCAUUCCUCACCCUAAAAACCAAUAACUCUCUGACCAUCAAUACUCUCGCAACUUCAUGAACUAAGUCCCCCACCCUUGCCGCACUAACCGCUCUUGUACUACUAUCCCUCGGGGGUCUCCCCCCUCUUUCAGGCUUCAUGCCAAAAUGACUUAUUUUGCAAGAACUAACGAAACAAGGGCUCCCACUAUCUGCCACACUAGCUGCUAUAACAGCCCUCCUCAGCCUUUACUUUUAUCUACGGCUCUGCUACGCCUUAACCCUCACUAUUUAUCCUAAUACCCUAACUGCAACCGCCCCCUGACGCCUCAACUUUACCAUAGUUACACUACCACUUUCAAUUGUCACCAUUUUAGCCCUAGGACUACUUCCCCUCACACCAGCUGUGGCUGCAAUACUAGUUUUGUAG